GGCGCAUUUUCCAGUUUAAGUGCUGAAUUCAACCAGAUAGUACCUCAAUGGGAACAAAGGAUGAUCAAAAGGAUGUCCACAUUCCGGAGUGGUUGACAUCGGAAGUUUUCAAAGAUCUAAUCAAACAUGAGGUUAAGGAUUUCAAAAAGAUCAAGUCCUUGAGGGCGAGAGCAGGAGUACCCAGUGGCGAAAACUAUGCCACCAUCAUGCUGAGAGUCGAACUGGAUAUUGUAACCAAAGAUAACUCCCAGGUAACCAAGGCCUUUAUGCUGAAGCUGCCACAUUCGUCGGAGGCGUAUCGGAAAAUAAUUGAGAAAACAGACAUGUUUGAUGUGGAGCGCGGCAUGUAUCUGGAGGUUGUUCCCGAGCUGGAGCAGCUAUACCGGGAAGUAGGUGUCGAGGUCAAGUUCGGAGCAACAGCCUACGAAAUACCAGCCAGCGAUUACUACGUCCUCCUGGAGGACCUCAAGCCACGAGGCUUCCAGAACGCGAAUCGCCUCGAAGGCCUAGACCAGGCCCACACCGAAAGUGCCCUUCGUAAAUUUGCCCAGUGGCAUGCGGCCUCUGCCGUCAGGGUCGAGCUCAAAGGACCUUAUCCUGAAAAGUAUACUAAGGGUUUCCUGAGCAACGAGGAAAUCGUAGAUGCAUUCUGCAGUCGCAGUGUCAAAAUCUUUUUGGAACACGUUCAUUUGGUAAAAGGAUACGAGCCGUACGUUAAGGAUUUGCGUAUUAUAUCCGAGAAGUUACAGGAUAUUGUACGAGACAUGAAUGAUGUCAAGCCCGAUGACUUCAAUGCCCUGAACCACGGCGAUGGAUGGGCCAACAAUAUAAUGUUCCAGUACAACGAGACGAAGGGAAUAACUGAGACCUACUUUGUGGAUCUUCAACUUCCCAAAUGGGGUACCAUCACCCAGGACCUGUACUACUUCCUGUUGUCCUCCGCACAGUUGGAUAUAAAAACGUCGAAGUUUGACUAUUUUAUUUGGUUCUACCAUUCGGAGUUGGUCAAGCACCUAAAACUCCUGAAGUACUCCAAGCCCUUGCCCACCUUGAGAAGCAUUCGAGAUGACCUGGCCAAAUAUAAUGGCUGGGCUUAUGUCUGCGCUUCAACUAUUAUGCCAUAUGUUCUGCUCGACCCCUCUGAUGGGGCUGAUCUUGAAAAGCUAUUGGCCGAUAAGGACUCAUCAUUUAAGAAAUCCUUGUUUCUUAAUCCUCGCUUUCACAAACAUAUGUCUGUCCUUUUGCCUUGGUUGUUGCAUAGAGGAGCGUUGGAAUCUACUUACUCUGGGGCGCUCUCUUUGGACGCCAAACAGUGGCAUUUUCUCUUAAAAAUACCUAAGCUUUUGCAGCAACAUUUUUCUGCUUAUAAGGGGACCGACCGGCAAUUUUGUAUUUUUUUAUUUAAAAUGUCUGAGGAGUCCGGAGCCGUUCCACUGCCGUCCUGGUUAAAAGCCGAUCUCUUCGAGAAACUGCUAAGUGAGCGGUUUGGAGAUGAGUUUCUGGCAAUUAGGAGCUUCAAGCCGGUCGAUGGGCUCCAGCCCGGCGAAAACUACUCCACCAUAAUGCUCCGCCUACACUUUGAAGUGGAACUGAAAGAUCACUCCACCGAAAAUGUGAGUUAUAUGUUGAAAACGCCGCACGACUUCGAGAUGUACCGAGAGAUCUUGAAGAAGAACAAUAUGUUCGUAGUGGAGCGGGAUGUUUUCCUUCAGGUGAUACCAGAGCUUGAGAAGAUGUACAAGGAAGCCGGCGUAGACGUCAAGUUUGGCGCAAGAGGUUAUGAGAUCGCUGCCCCCGAUGACUACGUCCUGCUGCAGGACCUGAAGCCAUUUGGCUUCAAGAAUGUCGAUCGUCUGGAGGGCCUAAAUACGGCCCAUACCAAGUGUGUGCUCAAGAAACUGGCCCAGUUGCAUGCGGCGUCGGCCACUAGGCUGCAUGUCAAGGGCCCUUACUCCCAAAAAUACUUGCAGCCCACCUAUGCUGAUAGCAUGAAGGACUCUAUCGAGCAGGUGGCAGAAACUUUGGGGAAGUACUUUCUGAAGUGUCUGCCGCUUUAUGAGGGUUACGAAGAGUACAGUGAAGCCGUGCACAAGAUCCAGCCCAAGAUUGUGGACCUCAUGUACUCCAUGAACACCCCAGAUCCGGAGGACUUCAUUGCUCUCAAUCACGGCGAUUGCUGGACCAAUAACAUCAUGUUCCGCUACGAGGAGGAAUCAUCUGAGCCUGCAGAGACCUUCCUGGUGGACCUACAGUUGCCAAAGUUGACAAGUGUAGCCCACGAUCUGAUGUAUUUUCUGCUUGGUUCGACGAAAUUCGAAAUUCAGCUGAGUAAGUUCGAUUACUUUAUCAAGUUCUACCACGAUCAGCUGAUCGAAAACCUGGAGCUAUUGAAGUACCCAGCGGAGAAGACGCCCUCCCUGAGGUUCCUGCACUCUCAGUUGCUCAAAUACGGAUGUGUGGGCUAUCACACUGUCUUGAUGCUCUGCCCCCCGGUUUUGUUGGAUCGCACCGACGACGCUAAUGUCAAGGACUUUGUCACGGAGUCGGAAAAUGGCGAUGGCCUUAAAAUGGCCAUGUACUCCAAUGCGCGUUACAAGAAACAUGUUAGCGCCAUCCUAACCUGGCUGAACAACCGUGGAGCUCUGCUGGUCAAAUAAAUAAUAAUAAAACAAGUUACUGGAAAAAGUCAGUAAUAUUUUAUAUAAAA